GCCCGAGACUCGCAGUCUUCAGCGAGAGCUCGAGACUGCGCUUCACACGCACACGCGCGCUCAUUGUGCACUGCAACCAGAAACAACGGAUCACACAACGGAGAACAGAAUGGUGGCUUUAAAUUGGUAUUUCGGCUCAUUUCUUCUUCUUGACAUGGUGACCAUGGCACUGAGCACCGAAACGGGCCAGAGUUCAGCCAUGGAAGUCUUCAGCGACAAUGUCAUUAUCCCGCCCAAGCCAGAGGCAUCCAUACAUCAACACAGGCAUCACAGGAAGUACAGAGGUCACAAGGAGAGGAUGACAGCAGGUCAGCUCAGAGAAAGGCCCCACAUUACUGUGUUCCACACCCAAAAUGAAGGGCCAGACCUGGAGGGCCUCAGUCCUGUCCACUUAGAGAUGGAGCCAGGAGAUAAAAGACAGGUAAUCACUCCGAAAAAGAGGACCUCUAUGGGGUUUAAUUCUUUAAUUCCAGAGCAAAUGAAUAUCUCUCCUGGUGCUGAGUCUCCAGAGAAGCCAAUGAGACGUCCCACUGGUCGCAAUAUGUUUGGAGGGCACAUCGUUAGGACUUAUGAUGAAGUGUCUUUGGCAUCAGGGAAGAAACGGAGGGCUUCCUUUGAUCAAAGGCUCAAUAAAAACUCAUUUGGGAGUCCCACAGAGCCAGUGUUCCCUGCAGCCACUGUUGGCUCCUUCAUAUCGCCAGUAACUGCAGCGGUUGUUGGGGAGCCCUCCACAAAGCCAACCCCCUCCAGUAAACCACAGGUCGGAAUUUAUUCAGGUGGAGAUGUGACGGCCACUUUCAACAUGUCAUUCUUCGACUGGACUGAUUAUGAAGAUAUGAGGCCUGCACACAAAAAACAAUUUUCUAAGAAGCGAGGUUCUGACAAACAGGCCACAAAAAGCCCCAGCACUGAGCUUGUGACUCUUACAUCAGAUAAGAGCUGUAAACAUCACCUAGACUGUCUGCCAGGGUCUUGCUGCGAUCUCAGAAAACAUGUAUGUGAGCUUCACAAUCGCGGCUUUAACAACAAGUGCUAUGAUAGCUGCAUGUGUGAGGAAGGGCUUCGGUGCUAUGCUAGAUUACACAGGCAUUACCGCAUCACACGCAAAAGGGGACAAUGUGUUGAUCCUGAGGGUAUAAGCUUAAACCGUGGCAUGUUCAUUAUUGUUUAAACGAGGCAGGAGAGUUUGUCAUAUUUUCCUUUCCAAAUGCAUGUGAUUAUAUUUUCCACUGUGUUGGAAUGUUUUAUAUUCAUUCUUAUCCAUGUUUAUGUGUAUCCUACGAUUGCUUUCAGAUAUAAUUGUUUCUGAAAUUUGUAAAACAGCAAUAUGCAUAAGACUGAUUAGGAUAUUUGCAGGAGAACACAUGUAUACCUGCAAGCCCAGCUGAUUCAAAUGAAUAAAAAAAAAUGAGAUGCAGUGUUAUGAUAUGUGUGAUAUUAAGAUUGAGAGACAUGUCUUUGUGGAACAUAAAAAUUUGAAACAAAUUUAUUGACCUUUUUUGCAUGUAGACAGAAGUAAUUUUAUGUGUUUUGUGUUCAUGUGGUUGAGUUGAGUUCACAGUGGAACAGUAGUGAAUAGAUGGACUUGAGCAUGCACAGAUGCGACUGCAGCGUCUGCCAGGUCCCCAGCUUCCAAUCAGACAAGCAGCUUUGGAAUGGACACACAAAGAAGGACACAAGGGAGAUCUCCAUUGCACAUUAUUAAACCAUUAAAUCUUCCUUUACGCUCAAA